AUGCAAUUUAUCCUUUUGGCUUUCAAAUGGAGCUUUCUUGGGUUUCCCGAUUCUUCGUUUUCUUUUUUGUUUGACUACUUUUUGAUUUCUUUUUGUUUUCUUUCUUUUUGCUUUUUCGUUUUCUUCCUUUUGAGAAAGACUUCUUUGAUCUUAUGACCCAAUCACGCCGGUUGUCUAUGAUGGUCGUUAAUCCUUCUGCUUCCAGCUCUGUUCCGAUCCUUGCUUCCAUUGGUUCUUGCAUUUUCUUUCUUCUUCUUUGCCAUUUUUAUGUUUUGAUGGAGGGGAACCCUUCAAAAUCUGCUGUUAUGGCUCCAGUUGCUCAGGAUAUUGCCGAGAUGGGGGUGGAUCCCAUUGUCAGAGGUGAUCUUAGAAAUUUCUCCUACUACUGUCGAGGCCAUGACAAUUUCUCUUUUUGUUGUUGCCAGUUUUUCCCGUUCUUGCUUUUGUUGGUUCAAAAGAGCGCUACAUCCAAGAACAACACCACCUUCAUCGCCUCAAUCCUUCUAUCUCCGGCUCCUCCAAACCCUCCCCUAAUUCCAACUGUCGAGAUCAUGAAAGGAGGCGAGACAGGGAACACUGCUCGGAAUGCUACAAUUGCCAGCAUGAGGAGGAAGCCAAGGAGCGUUUAUGAUGCUGGUUCUCAUUAUCUAUCUGUUUUCCGCAACUCAUUAGUACUUUGGAUUCUCGCUGCUUGCAUGCUAAGUAUGAAAUUUGCAUUAACCUCUGUAGCGCAUCUUGCAUAGCUUUUGUUAGGGUAUUUAUGUACACCCAAAGCUUGCUCGUCGCCUUUUGCUUGGGUGUUUAUGUACACCAAAACUUAUUUAUAGCUUUCGUUUGUCUGUGUAUCUUUUGCUUGGGUAUUUUAUGUACACCAAAACUUAUUUAUAGCUUUUGUUUGUCUGUGUAUCUUUUGCUUGGGUAUUUUAUGUACAUCCAAAUUUGCUCAUAGCUUUUUGCUUGUCUUUGUAACUUCUACUUGAGUAUUUACUGUACACCCAAACUUGCUCACAGUUUUUUGCUUGUGUAACUUCUGUUUGGGUAUUUAAUGUACACCCAAAUUUGCUCAUAGCUUUUUGCUUAUCUGUAUAACUUCUGCUUGGGUAUUUAAUGUACAUUCAAAUUUGCUCACAGCUUUUGCUUGCCUGUGUAACUUCUGCUUGGGUAUUUUAUGUACACCCAAACUUGCUCACAGUUUCUGCUUGUGUAACUUCUGCUUGGGUAUUUAAUGUACACCCAAACUUGCUCACAGCUUUUGCUUGUGUAACUUUUACUUGGGUAUAAUGUACACCCAAACUUGCUCACAGCUUUUGCUUGUGUAACUUUUACUUGGGUAUAAUGUACACCCAAACUUGCUCACAGCUUUUGCUUGCGUAACUUUUGCUUGGAUAUUUAUGUACAUCCAAACUUGCUUGCAGCUUUUGCUUUUUACUUGGGUAUUUAUGUACAUCCAAACUUGCUCGCAGCUUUUGCUUGCGUAACUUUUGCUUGGAUAUUUAUGUAUAUCCAAACUUGUUUGCAGCUUUUGCUCUUGCAUUGGAUUUUGCUUUGUGACUUUCUGUCUCAUAACUUUUGUUAGACCUGUGCAUCUUGUAAUUGAAUUCCUUUGCUUGGAGCUUUUUGGCCUAUGUGGCCUUCUCCCAAAAGUUUCUCAAGAGAAAUGUUAGUUUUCUUAAAAGUACAAUAAAUUGCAUGAUUAUUA